AUGCAGAACUCAGCCACUCAAUGUUAUGUUCUCUUUGCUUGUUUUGUCUUAUUUAGUUCCAGUCUACGAGUAUCCAGAGCAAUUCGGGAUUAUACAGGGACAAAUCGAACUCUACAGCUUGAGGCGCUUAAAAUUAGUAUGCUGGAGUACCUUGGGAUGGACAGACCACCACUGUCCAGAGAAAAGUCGUCUUAUCAGGAACUAAUCGGAAUAUACCGUCAAUAUCAGAACAUGAGGAGGAGCAUGCGGUCUUUUCAGAGUAGCUCCAGUUUCUUCCUUCACACCACAGUGCAGCCAUUGAAUUCUCAGCAGGAUGGUCCUGAAUCAGUGACUCAAUGGUUCAGGGCUGUUUUUCACAGGGAGUCUUAUAUAACAGACGAGUUUCUCUUGUCACAAGCACAGCUGCGACUUCAAAGAUCUCUGGAUAACAACUUUGACCAACCACGGCGCAAUCAGAAAAUUCUGGUUAGAAUACACAAAACCUCUCAUUCUUACUUCUUUAAUUCAAAGAAAAUUCAAUCAAGAGGCCUCAAUGUUACCAUGGAUGUGACUUUUGCAGUUAACAGAUGGCUUGUGGAAACUAGUGAUGCUUUACUAAUUGUUGACGUUGGCUUUGUUGAUCACAAAAAAGGUGAAACUGAACCCACUCCGCAGAUCUGUUUGGAACUUAAGCGAAUGGAUGGUAAAGUGAGAAAAUCUCGUUCCACUUAUGGAGAAAGCUCUGAGGAUGACAGCUACUGUAGCCGGAAGUCACUGAGUGUUUCCUUUGAGGAGAUCGGCUGGUCAGACUGGAUUGUGGCUCCUGCUGACUACACAAUGUACUUCUGUGAUGGCUCUUGCCCACACAAUUACAAACCAGCCAGUAUGCACACUCAGAUAAAGUCACGUCUACAUCGUUUGACCAAAGGAGCGAUGCCUCGCCCAUGUUGCGUGCCAGCUGAAUAUGAGCCCAUGAUUCUCAUGCACUACGAUAGCCGGGGAAAACUGAAACUAACAUCCUUCAAUGAUUUGAUCGUUACCAAAUGCUACUGUGCCUGAAAGGCCGGAACAUGGUUACAGUUGUGGGGGAAAUUUUACUGUGCUUUUAAAUUUCAAAAAUAGUGUGCAACAAUACUGUACACGGCA